CUUGACCCCAUUCCCUUGCCACCAACCAAACCAAAAAUUUAAAUACUAAAUCCGUCUCACGUUUCCUUCACCUUCUUUUCUUCUUUAUUGGUUAUAUCGUUUCCGUUGGUUUUUUCGAAAAUAUCACGAAAUUCGAUUUCCCCCAAUUUCUAGGGUUUCGCUGAAACCCUACCCUGCGAUUUUGCGAUUCUUCCUUCGAACUUUACUUGGUUUUCAGGUCUGCUUGCUUCUUCCUAUCCUCCUGUUUAGCCUCACUGGUGAAGGGAAUUUGGGAAACAAAAUUGUCCAAAAAAAGAGUUCCCUUUUAACCAUCCAGAUCACCAUGUCAAGUUUGGAGGAGCCACUUGGCCUUGACAAGUUGCCAAGCAUGAGUACCAUAGAUAGAAUCCAGAGGUUCUCAUCCGCUGCUUGCUGUCCCAGAGUAGAUAAUUUUAAUUUGGGUUUGGGAAACUGCUGGAUUGAAGGACGAAGCUGCAGCACAUCAAACAGCUGCAAUGAAGACAGUGAAGAGUAUACAGAAGAGACAUUCCCGUGGAGAAGGCAAAGAAGGGACCUGUCCCGAGGUGACACUUUCAGUCAAAAGUCUAUGACCAUGGGGAGGAAUUCGAUGAAAUUUGGAAUGAUUGAUAAUUCAUUUUACACCUCAGAUUACCAGUAUAGUCCACAGAACAAUAACAAAAAUGUACAGGAUAUGGCAUAUAAGUUUAUGAAAGGUAUACCAAACUUUGUAAAGAUAGUUGAAGUUGGUCCAAGGGAUGGAUUACAAAAUGAGAAAAACAUUGUACCAACAGAUGUAAAGAUUGAAUUGAUUCAUAGAUUGGCAUCUUCUGGGUUAUCCGUCAUUGAAGCUACUAGUUUUGUAUCUCCCAAAUGGGUUCCUCAGUUGGCAGAUGCAAAGGAUGUAAUGCAAGCAGUUCAUAACCUGGGAGGCAUUAGAUUGCCAGUUCUGACUCCUAAUUUAAAGGGUUUUGAAGCUGCUAUAGCGGCUGGCGCUAGAGAAGUAGCUGUUUUUGCAUCAGCUUCUGAAUCUUUCUCAAAAUCAAACAUUAAUUGUAGCAUAGAAGAAAGCCUUGUCCGCUAUCGAGCUGUUACUCGGGCUGCUAAACAGCUCUCUAUUCCUGUUCGAGGGUAUGUAUCAUGCGUUGUUGGAUGCCCAGUGGAAGGACCAAUCCCUCCAUCAAAAGUGGCAUAUGUAGCUAAAGAACUAUAUGAUAUGGGUUGCUUUGAAAUCUCACUUGGGGACACAAUUGGAGUUGGUACUCCCGGAACUGUAGUUCCAAUGCUUUUGGCUGUAAUGGCUGUUGUGCCAGCAGAGAAGCUUGCUGUCCACUUCCAUGACACUUAUGGGCAAUCCCUUCCAAAUAUUCUUGUGUCCCUUCAAAUGGGGAUCAGUGCAGUUGAUUCUUCAGUUGCUGGUCUAGGUGGCUGUCCUUAUGCCAAGGGAGCUUCAGGAAAUGUAGCUACCGAAGAUGUUGUGUACAUGCUGAAUGGACUUGGGGUGAAAACCAACGUUGAUCUCGGAAAGCUCAUGUUAGCCGGUGAGUUCAUCGGCAAGCAUUUGGGGCGCCCAUCUGGCUCAAAGACCGCGGUAGCCUUUAGCCGAGUCACAGCUGAUGCUUCCAAGAUAUGAUAAUAUGUUCUACCAUAAAAAUAAAAAUAAAAAUUGGAUGCUUCAAGCAGUGAGAGGACACCCUAUUCGUUUCAUCACCCUAUUGUUUCAUCUUAUUAACCCCGUAAUUAUAGAAAAAGAAUAAAAUGCCCACUCACGUUGAUGAGUUGGAAAGGAAGAAGUAAUGCAUGUAAUCUGCCAAUAGCAAGUACAAGUACAAGCUUCUCAUUUGAGUGUAAGCUUGCAAUUUUUAUCCCUCCAAUUUUUUGUUUUUUAGUUUAAAUCAUGCACUCAUUGUGCAUGAUGUUUAGUUUAUACCACGCCUCUUGUAUAAUUCUGAAAAAGAUCAUAGAAAAUAUCAUUUACUCUUUUACAAGAUAAUUAAAAAUUAGUUAGCACCAUUUCGAGGUAUA